CAUGUAUUGCGUUAAAAGUUUGGAAACGUGAUGAAAAUCUUCGAAACGAAAAUCUUAUUUUUAUAUUUUUUUAAAAAACUAAAUUGAUUUGUAAUCGUUUAACAAUGGAUGACGAAUUAUCAUUAUCAUCAUCAUCAUCAUCCUCGGGUGAUGAAAAUGAUUAUAUCGAACAGGAAGAACCAUUAGAAUUCAAUAUUAAAUGUUUAUUUUGUGAUCAUUAUACUUCCACACAUCAAAAAAUGUUUGAUGAACAUAUCCAACCAAAUCAUCAUAUUGAUUUGAUUGAUAUUUGUCGUAAACAUCAUCUAGAAACAUUUGAUUUUAUUAAACUUGUGAAUUAUAUUCGAAUCAAACAAAUUUUAGCUACAAAUGUUGAAACAAUUAUCGUUGAUCGAUUAUUCGAUAAAGAUGAAUACCUGAAACCAACUAUGGAAGAUGAUAAUUUUCUUAUGUUUGAUUAUGACGGUGAAAUUAAUGAUGGCAAUGAUGAUGAGGAUGAUGAUGAACAAAUGAACAUCAUGAAUAUUUCAAGUGUAGAAUUGAAAAAUAUUUGUGAUAAAUUAUCAAAAGAAAAAUUAACUAAUAUAAUCAUCGAAUUGAAAGGAAAAUUGAAUGAUGCUCAAAAUGAUAUGAGACAGAUGCGUAAUCUGUUUAUUGAACAACAACAAUCCGAUGGUGGUGAUGUUAUUAAAAUUGAAAAUAAUGUUGCGAAUUUGGAUGAACAAUCCGAUAGUACUUAUAUGGAUUCUUAUUCACAUUUUUCUAUCCAUCAUACAAUGUUGGCUGAUAAACCGAGAACAUUAGCCUAUCAAGAUGCUAUAAUUGAGAAUAGUUCAUUAUUUAUUGGCAAAACAGUAUUGGAUAUUGGUUGUGGUACCGGUAUAUUAUCAUUGUUUGCUGCAAAAGCAGGUGCCAAAUUAGUUGUCGCUGUUGAUCAUAGUGAUAUUGUUAAUAAUGCUCGAUCAAUUAUCAUUGAAAAUGGUUAUGAACAAACUAUUCGUGUUGUACGUGGUAAAUUAGAACGAUUAGAUUUUGAAAAAUUAUCCCUACCAACCAAAUAUGAUAUAAUCAUUUCCGAAUGGAUGGGCUAUUUUCUUCUAUUUGAAGGAAUGCUUGAUACCGUAUUGUAUGCACGUGAUCAUCUAUUACAGCCACAAGGAGCCUUAUUACCGAGUCGUUGUAAAAUAUUUUUAUCCACUUUUUCCGAUUGUAAUUUCUAUGAAAAUAAUAUCGAUUUCUGGAAUGAUGUAUACGGUUUUGAUAUGUCUUCAAUGAUUACCGAUGUUACAAAGGAAGCAACUGUCGAUCUAAUAUCGCCGGAAAAUAUCUGUUCAGCAGCGGAAAAAAUUUUCGAUUUCGAUCUGAUUUCAUGUCCAAUAACAGAUUUUGCCAACGAAUUAUCAUCAACAUUUGAAUUUCAUUUUAAAAAUGAUAAAACUAUUCAUGGAUUUGUUGGCUGGUUUGAUUGUUAUUUUGAUUCAAUGACAAAAUUGAUUAUAUUAAGUACAUCACCAUUUGCUGAGCCUACACAUUGGAAACAGACAAUAUUUCCAUUAAAAGAACCGAUUCUUGUUGCAGCCGGUCAAUCGAUACGUGGUGAAAUACGAAUCGGAAAAAAUAGCCAAAAUCCACGUGCGCUUCAAAUUCGUCUUUUAUUACAGCAACCAAUUCUUAAACUUGUUUAUAAUAUUUGUUAAACAGAAAAUAAUUUCUUUUUUCUUUAAAUAUCUUUUAAUAUUAUUCAAU